AUGGCUCCUCCGUCGCGUGCAUUCGCCGACGCGGCUGCCGCUGCUCUUCGGGCUCUCCAGUGCUCCGGACCGGGAGCUGUUGAUGUCGCCACCAACACUUCGGGUCGUCGUCCGGCGCGCCAGGCUCGUUCGGCGGGUGCCCCCGCCCCUAUCGCUGCUGGUGCUGUGCCCCCAGCCCCGGCCGCGCCUGCAGGUGACCCUACGCUCAUUCCUGCCGCCUCCGGGACCUCGGUCGACCCUCCACCGGCUCCUCCAAGUAGUCCUGAGUCUGCUGCUGGGGCGACCGAGACUCCCUCGCCGGCGGUUCCCAGUGAAGAGGCUCCCGACUCGCCGCCGACACCGCCGCCAAGCGCCAGCGCCCCACCGUCGCCAACUCCCGCGCCUUCGGUCACGUUGGCAACUCGCGGGGCGUCGGUGGGGGGCGAGGCAGCUGUAGGGGGUCGCGCCGGAGCUGGUGCUGGCCCGGCCGAGGUUCCUCCGACAGCGGUCGUCUUGGGCGAGCAGCAGAUGCUGGAACUCGCUCGUCUCGUCGUGGGUGUUGCCCGUUCAUCUCCAGCUCGAGUCAACGCUGCUCUCGACCACAGCCUGCAAGCUGCUACUAACGUCGGUGAGGUGCUGGCUGCUGCCGUUGCUCCUCCGCGUCUCCCUCUUGCGGAGGCUGAUGAACUGGUGGCCCUCCGCCGCGAGAACGACCGGCUGCAGGCAGAGCUCUCCGACGCCAAAGAUAAACUCGCUGAAGAGAUGAACCUGCGGACCAAGUCGGACUACUUCCUCGUCUCGGCCAACUCCGAGUGCGACCAAGCUCUGGACCUCGUCCAGGACAUGCGCGUCCAGCUCAGCAACGCCAGCGCUCAGUUGAUGCAAGCGAACGCGACCACGCUGACGUCACUCAGUCGUUGGAGAAGCGGAUGCUCGUUGCUGAGGCCGAUUCGGCCGCUGCUGUACGUCGGAACACCCAGCUCCACGAGCUUGGAGAGGCUUCGGAAGCAGUUGGCCGACCGCGACCGAGCAAACGUCAUCACGGCACGCAUUCAAGCGUUGACGGACGAGAACAACAGCUUGCGGCGAGCGAAUUCUAUCCUUCGUCGGCACUCGGCAGCACACGGACUCGACGUCGACACCUUGGUCCUGGCCUCAGCCGGCAUCUCCGCCGCAGAGAUUGAUUGGAAUCUUCUCGGGCUGUCCCCACCGACGGUCACUGUCGAGAGUCCACGCCAUGACGAAUCCUCGUCAGAGGAGGGAGAGGAGUCCAAGACGACCGACGUGCCGAUGGAUGAGUCCACCGAGGCUACGUCCGCUCCCGCUGCUUCGGUGGGCGCUUCUGCUGGUUCCCCGGUCUCCACUGAGUCGUCAUCGCGCAAGCGGGGUCGGCAAACCGAGUCUGCUUCCGUCGGGAAUACGGCAUCCCAGCCUCCUCCUCACAAACGCUUCGGCAGACCGUCACUCGACCUGAGGGCCAGGGCUGCAGCGGCCGCCGCGCCAUCUAGUCCUCGUUCGGCAUCAGGAGAGAUUUCCCCGCCUCCUCGGUCGAUGGUGCGUCCCCCAACGACGGCUCGCUCAAGCUGGUUGGAGUCUCAGCCUCUCCCGUACGAACACUCAGACGUCCCCUUGUAUCCUCGACUGGCUCGUCGCGCCUCGCCUCCCUCGCCAGCCCCAGCCCAGCAGCACGAAUCGUCUGACGUGGAGUUUGGAGGGGGUAUGAGUCCUAGCGACACUUCACAAGAUGACCUUGAGCCCGGCGAGAUUCCGGGGGUGUCGGCCAGCGCUCAGGGAGUUCAAGGUUCUGCUACCGAGCCUUCCGGUACUGUCAUCGAGGUUCCAUCUGAGGUUUCGCAUUCGGCGGCGACUUCCAUUCCUUCGCCAGUCUCGUCUGGUACAGCCGGCGUCGGCCGUGCCCCUCGAGAAUCGGCUGCUGGGGGCAGGGAGGGCUCUGGCGGCCCGCCAGACCGUCCACCUAGCGGUGAGUCGCCUCAUGAGUCCGAGACUUCCGAGGACCGCGCAGCGUUGUUCCUGGAGAUGUUCGGCCCCGACGAAAGAGAGGAAACCUCGGUGGCGCAACCUGUCGCUCCUUCGGAGGCUCCUUCUCCUCUGGUUGCCGCGACCGGGGUUCCUGUAGAUUCACAAGCGGCCACCGUGCCAAUCCCGAGUCGACUCCACACUCGGUCGGCCUCUGUUCACGCUCGGGCGAUGGUAACAGCAACGGUGACAGCUUCACCGAGGGCUGGACCUGCGUCGAUUGCCCCAGCAGUGGUUGACGCUUCCGACGUAGCUCCUGGAUCGCGUAAGCUCAGUGGUCUUGCUACCCGGUUCUCGGAGCCGGGUUUCACGGCACCCGGAGCGUCGGAAUGCUGGCAUCUCAUCCAAAACGCCAGUGUCCCCCUCGUCUUCGAGGACGACUUGGUCGCCCCCAGCUCAGUGGAUGUAAUCGUGGAGUUUGGCUUGUGGACGGAUCCUGCUCACCCCUUCCAAGUGUUGCGCCAGUUUUUCCCAGACGAGCCUUGUUUGAUCGAUACGACGGGUUUUCCAUCCUCGGUGGCUAUAUCCCGUCGUGCAACUGGUCGGGCUCUUCUCGUCCGCCUAUGGCGGCAGUUCCAGGGGUACUCCUACCACUCCACCGAGAGGGUCGACCUUGGUUUCGCCUUGUGGGAGCGUCGCCACUGGAUAAGGGGUAAAGCUGUCAAGGCGUAUAUCGACAACCUCGCCAGCACCCUCGGUCAGCGCAACGUGCAAGUCCUAGCGCUUCGACAAGCGUGGUCCAAGUACCACCGAGAGCGCAGUUAUCGUACAGAUCGCUUGCGAGACCGGAUGCUCCACAAGGUGUGGAAUGGGGCCAUUACGUACGACGGACAACCUCCACAGCACCGCACCGAGGUUUUGCUGGAGCCGUCGUACCUGCAAUACUCGUUCGAGGUGAUGGAGUGGGUCCCCACUACCGACGACUGGGCCUCCGAGGUGGCGGACCGCCGGCAGACCACGUCUUUCGCCCAUUGCAACGACUUCCCGUUGUUUGUCCCCAACGGAUCGACUCGGGAAACCGUGGCGUCGUCGGUCGUGGUCGAAUCUUCUCUGCGGACUUCGAUGGUGGUCGCUCCAUGGGUGGCCGAGUUCGCAAACGCUCGUCGUUCUCGCUCUCCAAGCCCCGAUGAGGAGACGAAGGAGUCGGGUGAAUCUUCUUCCGCCGCCGGGUCAAGUCUGGGCGUGUUGGCUCAGGCUGUGAUGGAGAUUUAG